CGGCAAGACCGAGGUAUGUGAAAGCUAAGUUGACCGAGAUACUCAAACACCUAACAUUGAAUAAAAGGAAGCGGGGAGGGGGAGGGAGAGGGAGAGGGGGUGAGAGGGUUGGGGAAAGAGAAGGCAACGGAGGAUCAACGCCUUCCUCUCGAAUAAAUUACUGCAAGAAAAUCUUGUAUCGUCUGUUGGUAUCACAGACAUAAAGAGGUCAUGGAGGACUGUAAGGAAGGUGAGUCAUUGAAUUUUAAGUCUCACCUCAGUCAAACAAACAAUGUCUGUAGGCAUGAGUUGGAGUGCCAGCAAUCUCAAAUUGAGGCAUUACAAGAAAGGCUUAUGGAGGUAAAGGCUAGCAUUAAAUGUUCUGAAGACAAAGCAAAGAGGGAGUUGGAACACCUUUGGCGUAAUGGCAACGUAGCUGCCACAUUACUGACUUACCUGAAGUCAAAAGCAAGAAUUAUGGCUAAUCCACAUCUGGCCCAUGUUUCGUGUGGGAUCAAGCAUCAGGAGGGGGUGGGACUGGUUGACAAACAUGGCAUACCACUAUGUGACUGGUCUAAGGAUGUUGAUCUUUCUUUAUUUGAAAGUUCAGAGGAGGAAGUACUACAGGCAAGUGGCAAUGAGCCUGGAACUAUUGAUGCAACUGAUGGAGCAUACAUUGAUAAAAUACUAAAGUCAGUGAACAUGGUAGCUGAUGUUAUGGAGUCUCUAGUCAAGAGGGUCAUUAUGGCAGAAACUGAAGCUGCCAUUGAAAAAGAGAAAGUUAAUCUAGGCAUGGAAGAAAUUAGAAAGAAGACACUCCAAAUUGAUAGCAUGUCUGCAAAAGUUGAAGAGAUGGAAAGAUUUGCACGGGGUGCAAAUGACAUUUUGAAUGAAAUGCGGCAAAAAGUUGAAGAUAUGGUGCAGGAAAUAUCUAGACAACGACAGCGAGCUGCAGAAAAUGAACAAGAACUUUGCCAUGUAAAGCAAGAUUUUGAGGCAUUGAAAUCCUAUGUUAGCAGUCUCAUCAGUGCGAGAGAAACCCUAAUUUCCUCAGAAAAACAAUUUCAAACAAUGGAAAAGCUUUUUGAAAGGUUAAUCGCCAAGACUACUCGCCUAGAGGCAGCGAAAGUGCAAAAGGAGGCUGAGGUUCAGAAGCUUAUGGAAGAGAAUGUCAGGUUAACUGCUGUGCUUGAUAAGAAGGAAGCACAACUUCUGGCUAUGAAUGAACAGAUGAAGUUCAUGGCAUUGAACAAUCCUGGCAUGUAGUUCAUGAUUUACCAUCAGAAUUUUCACCACAGGAAAUCAUGGAGGAAGAAGGGAUGGCUGACCAGAAAGAUAGGUGGUGUGCUUAUAAAGCACAAACCUUUGAUUCUAUCUUGUAUGUGUCCUGUCAUGCUCAUCUGGACCUCCAAUAUGUUAUAAAUCAAUCCUACAAUAUAUUGGUUCAUGGUCAACUAUCGACAACAGCUUUCUUAGAAAAUAAACGUGUUGAUAUCUUGUAUGAUCCAAUAAGUUUCAAGUUCGCCACUCACCAGCACUGGCUGGCAGUUCUACUUAUCUGCUAUGGUGUAUGCCUUAGGCUGAUCAUGUGCCGAACAUGUCACCAUAAGGGCAUGUUGCUGUACUUUUCCAUAGACUCUAUCACUCCAUCUGGUAGUUUACAUCAUGUAUAUUAUUGAAUUCUU